AUGACAACAUUGAAUCGAUCCCCUGCAUGCGAAGUAGUUGAGGUGAAAAAUUCAAAGGAUUUUAAGCUCCCUAAACAACUUUACCAUACCAUUUCACCGAAGCCGGCUGGGGGGAAAGAGAAAAAAGGAGCAAUUUAUGAACCUGAGUAUGGAGAUUUAAUUGCUCUUACAGAUGUAAGGCCUGAAUGUAUUGAUGGCCUGAACAGGUAUAAGAGGCCAUAUACACUUGCUGUAAUUCAAUGGCUGGAGGAAGAAGAUAAAACCCUUGUUCCUAUCUUAUCCUCAAAACCUAUUGAAUUUGAGAGAGAGGAUUGCAAGGAUGAAAGGGGUGAUAAACUUUUUGCUGUAUAUCUUAUUAACUUGAUGGAUCCAUUGGCUUUCUCUCCAAUCAUCAGAGGACUAAUGCAUUGCCUAUGGAUAUUGGGGAAUAGCGCGACUCUGAUCAACAGCGGGUCAGUUUGGAAGAAAUUGGUGUCGGAUGCAAAGGAUCGUGGUUGCUUUUACAACGCUAGAGAUGACUACAAGUUAGCCAAAGCAAUUUCUUGUGCCUUACUUGAAAUUGACCGCGCCGGUAAUGACCCAACAAAAUGCUUGGCUGGUAAAUUUGCAGCAAUCCGCUUAAGGAAUGAGCCUAGAUCAUCCCCAAAGAAUUACAGGCCAGUUACUUAUAUGAUAGCAAUUCUUAUCUUUUCGUGGCGCGAUACCAUUUAA